ACAAGUUUCAGAUCAGAAUUCAAACACAGGUUCAUAGCUUGUGCCCCAAACCACCAUGCAAGAAUGAGAGGAGUCAGGAGGGGAAGGGACACACUGCAGCAGCAAAACAGCACCAGGAGGUAGGAUGCUAAUGAUCUUCUCAUCACUGGCAGGGCAGCCACCUGGUUCUGAGAUUUAUCUCCAUGACCCUGUAUGUCUUUUCUGCUUUCCAUCUUGAAUGCAUAUACUAGAGCCCAGCACCACCACCACCACUAAAGGAACCUAAUUUAUUAACACAAAACUCUGACUUCCCAUUAAUUUCAUGAUCAUAGCUAGAGAAAUGUGAAUGAGUGAGAGUCCUCAAUAAAGACAUAGCCCUGAAAGACUUGAAUGGACCCUUUAAAAGGAAUCUUGGUGCACAGUCUCUGAGUCAUGACACAGACCCCCUCCCCCAGUACCAACCCAUACUUAAGGACUUGGGGGUGACUUAUACUAAUUCUCUCUUUCUUUCCAUGUUUCCUCCCCUCCCUAUCUUUUUCUGUUUCUCCCUCUCAUACAUUUGGUCUUCCUUUCUUAAUUGUGUUCCCAUUUUGUUUUCUUCUUUCCUUCUCCAGAAAUGUUGAUGUCUGCUGCUGUGUUGUCUUCCUUAAUCCACUCCUCUCUGUUUUUCUCUCUCCAUAUCAAUGGCUUUCAAUGCUCUUAAUUCUAAGACUCCCUAAAUCUAUGAUGCUCUCAUACUCUCAUUCUGUUUAUCUCCUUUCUGUUUCUCUCUCUGUUUAUCACUUUCUGUUACCUCUCUGUUUAUCGUGACCAUCUACUUGUCUUGCUCUCCCUGUUCAUUUUGUUUCAUGAUCAGUGAUUCCCUCUCUCUCUCUCUCUCUCUCUCUCUCUCUCUCUCUCAUUUCCUUCCCAUACAGGCACCCAGCUCCUAGAUCAUGACAAAUCUGAGCCACCCUUCUGAAUUUGUGCUCUUGGACUUCUCCUCUUUUGGUGAGCUGCAAGUUCUGCUGUGUGGGCCUUUCCUCAUGCUUUAUCUUCUUGCCUUCAUGGGAAACACUGUCAUCAUAGUCACAGUCAUAGCCAACACCAACCUACAUACUCCCAUGUACUUCUUCCCGGGUAACUUUUCACUGCUGGAGACCUUGGUGACCAUAACUACAGUGCCUAGGAUGCUUUCAGACCUGCUGGCCCCCUGCAAAGUCAUUUCCUUCAAUGGCUGCAUGGCCCAGUUCUACUUCUACUUUUCCCUGGGUUCCACCUCCUUCCUCAUCCUGUCAGACAUGGCUCUUGACCGCUUUGUGGCCAUCUGCCAUCCACUGCGCUGUGGAACUUUGAUGAGCUGGGAUGUGUGUAUCCAGUUGGCAGGGGCUUCCUGGGCAGCUCCUUUCUUAGCCAUGGUGCCCACUGUCUUCUCCCAGGCUUAUCUCAGUUAUUGCCAUGACAACAUCAUUAACCACUUCUUCUGUGACAAUGCACCUCUGCUGCAACUGUCCUGCUCAGACACCAGCCUGCAGGAAUUCUGGGACUUUGUGAUGGCCUGCCUUGUCCUCAGUUCCUUCCUGGUGACCCUCAUCUCCUAUGGCUAUAUUGUGACCACUGUGCUGAGGAUCCCCUCUGCUAGCGGCCAUCAGAAGGCUUUCUCAACCUGUGGAUCCCACCUCACCCUGGUCUUCAUUGGCUACAGGUCUGGCACCAUCUUCCUUCAUGUCAGGUCUGGCAAAGAACAUUCUAUGGAAGUCAACAAGACCGUAGCCUUGGUGACAUCAGUCCAACCCUUUCUCAAUAUCUUUAUCCUUACCCUCUGCAAUGAGACAGUCAAGGCAGUGCUAUGGGGGCAGAUGCAGAGGCUUAAAGGCCUCCACAAGGCGCUAUGAUGAGCCUGAGGAACCUGGCCAGCUUCAGUCAAGUAGGUCUGUGAGGAGGCAGAGUACCAGACUGGGUGGGAAGACUACUACCUGAAUUUCUUUAGGGUUUUUCCUCUGUGCUUCUGUGUGGUAACUACAGUGAGUCCCCAGUGCUACCCUGUCUGACUCUCACAGGCCACCAUGGAAGCGCUCUCCAUACCCACUAGUAGCUACAAGAACUCUGAAAGUAGCUCAAAGCCUGGGGAGCCAGAGGUAAGACUUUCAAUAUAAGGAAGUACAUGGGCUUUCCAUUCAAGGACAGCAGCCAAGAAGUAUUCUCCGAUCAAGAAAUAUUAUCCACUGUGUGUGUGUGUGUGUGUGUGUGUGUGUGUGUGUGUGUGUGAAAUUCCUGAAAGAUUUGGGAUGAAACAUCAGCUCCACUCUCUUUCCCUCCCAACUAUAAUCUGAAAUUUUAAAAAGUCUCCAACUACUUUGACCUCAGACUCGUGGUUUUCUCUUAGCUUUUAACUAUCCUGGGUUUUGUAAAACAGCCCCAAUUUAAAAUAUUCUGCCUGUUUCUACAAAUACACUUUAAUUUACCAAACUGCAUUUCUCAGUAAAUGAUGAUGACUUCACUCAU